AUGUCAGGCCCUUCUGUGGUAGACGUUCGUUUUGAACAUUACCGUCCUGGGAACACCCUUGGCGUCCAUGAGACCAACCCACGAGUCUCUUGGCGUUUCGCCAAUGUGCCCCCGAAUUUCAAGCAAGUCGAGUACGAAAUGGAGCUAAGUGAGGUCAAGGGCUUAGAAUACUUCAAAUUAUCUUCGACCCAGGUCUCCUCCGAGGAGUCUCAUCUUGUGCCCUGGACCGGCACCGAGCCUCUCGCUUCUAGAAAGAGAUACUCGGUCCGGGUGCGAGCGCGUGGAGACGGGGAGGCCGAAUUCCUUACAUGGAGUGAACCUGCUUUUCUGGAACUCGGACUCCUUAGUCGACAAGACUGGACAAGCAAGCUUAUCUCUGCUCCUUGGUCGGAUGUCGACACGGACAAGCCUCAGCCUGAGGAUUUGAUCCGGAAGGAAUUCACAGCCGGAGACAACAUUCUCUCAGCCCGGCUUUAUGUGACUGCGCAGGGAGUUUAUGAGGCUGAGAUCAACGGCAAGAGGGUAGGCGACUAUUUCCUUGCGCCAGGCUGGACCUCAUACGCCGGCCAGCUGCAUUACCAAACUUACGACGUGGCCGACCUCCUCUCAUCAAAGACCAACUGCAUUGGUUUCCGGCUGGCCGAAGGAUGGCAUAGGGGCAGACUCAGCUUUGGAGGUGGCCUUCGAAACAUUUGGGGAUCUAGGACCACUGUUUUGGCCCAGCUUGAAAUCAAAUAUCGUGAUGGGACAAGCCAUACCAUCGGUACUGAUAACACUUGGACCGCGAUGCAGGGACCCAUCCGUCUCGCCGAGCUAUACGAUGGUGAGACGUACGAUGCUACCGCCGAAGUCGAUGGCUGGUCUAGUGCAGGUGCCAGGUCAGAGGACUGGAAGAAUGUCGACGAAUUGCCUUCUCUUCCUGAGAGCCAAGACCUAAUUGCCGGUUUUAAGGAGCCUGCAAGACGUCUUGAUGUCGUGCAGCCUAUUGAGAAAAUCACAACACCAUCCGGGAAGAUCAUCCUCGACUUUGGGCAAAACCUCGUGGGUUAUUUACGAGUCAAGAAGGUGAAGGGCCCCCGAGGCCAUCGCCUAAAUCUGUUGCAUGCCGAGGUCCUCGAGAAUGGCGAAUUGGGUGUCCGACCCCUGCGAAACUGCAAGGCCCGCGAUACCUACGUUUUGAAAGGUGACGAAUCUGGAGAAUCGUACGAGCCGCGAUUCACAUUCCAUGGUUUCCGUUUUGCACAAAUCGAGGACUGGCCCUCAGAGGAUAUCGACAUCUUUGACGCUUUUGAGGCCGUCGUUUGCAACACCGACAUGGAGGAAACCGGAUCUUUCUCCUGCUCUGACCCGAAGGUCAACAAGCUGUUCUCAAACACCAAAUGGAGUAUGAGGGGGAAUUUCUUGUCGCUCCCGACAGAUUGUCCUCAGCGUGAUGAACGCCUGGGUUGGACGGGAGAUCUUGCUCUCUUUGCUCCAACAGCUACGUUCUUGUACGGCUGCUUUGGUGUUCUAAGAGAUUGGCUUAGGGAUGUGGCAUAUGAUCAGAAACAACAGAAUGGCGUCCCUCCCAUGGUCUGCCCCAAUGUGCUCCAAAAGGACUUCUUCUGGGGCAAGGUUUGGCCUGGAGCAAUCUGGCAUGACGUGACAGUCCUCGCUCCUUGGGCUCUGUGGGAAGAAACUGGUGACACCGGGAUCCUCUCACAGCAGUACCAAUCUAUGGUAGACUGGCUGGGUGUGAUUCCCCGUAACGAGACGGGCUGCACACAUUUGUGGGACUUCAAGGCUUUCCAACUGGCGGAUUGGCUUGACCCGAAUGCACCUCCCGAUGAGCCAUUCAAGGCCGUGACUGACCCACCUCUGGUUGCCAAUGCCUUUCUCAUUAAUUCCCUCGACUUGGUGGCUCACGUUGCGGCGUUGCUUGGCCACACAGACGACGCGACCAAGUACCAGACUGAAGCUGAGAAUGCCCGAAAUGAGUUUGUAGAGGAGUACGUUAGUGGAAAUGGUCGAAUCAUCUCAGAUUCGCAGACGGCGUACGCGCUCGCCAUUUGCUUUAACCUCCUCUCGCCGCUACAGAAGACGAGAGCCGGUGACCGGCUCGCAGAUGUUGUCCGCCACAAUUCCUUCAAGAUUGGUACUGGAUUUGCAGGCACGCCUUUCGUCUGUGAGGCCCUUGCCAGCACAGGACAUAUCGAUGUCGCAUAUAAAAUGUUGUUAAAUGAGAAGUGUCCUUCGUGGCUCUACCCAAUCUCUAUGGGGGCCACCACGAUCUGGGAGCGCUGGAACAGCAUGAUGCCGGAUGGAUCUAUCAACCCCGGCGAGAUGACCUCUUUCAACCACUACGCCUUUGGCGCUGUGGCAAAGUUCUUGGUAGAACGCCUUGCUGGCCUGCAGCGCCUGAGCCCAGGGUGGAAGACGUCCAGAGUUGAGCCUGUGCUUGGCGGAGGGUUCAAAUCUGCGGAGGCAUCACACGUUACUCCGUAUGGAACAGUAUCAAGCCGCUGGUCGGCUGCGGAAGACAAGGAUGGCAUGUUCAAACUUAGCCUUACCGUUACAGUCCCACCAACAACGACAAUGGAGGUCGUGUUGCCAGGUCCGGAGGGACCCAAGACUGAGGUAGUAGGCUCAGGAGAAUGGUCAUUUUCGACUUUGGUUAAAGAAAGCGACCUUGGGCCGGAAAAAGAGGCCAAGCGGGGCUUCCCUUACGAUCUCAUGGAAGAGAUUGAGGCUAAGCGGGACGCGACUGAGUAA